UGAACACUUAGAAGAUGUCUUCAGGGCAAGGCAGUGGGAGUAAUGUACUUUCCUAGAAGGCCACCCAGGAUGAAGCACCACAAAACAGUGGGAAACAUGAGAUCACUGAGCCAACUCCUCCCCCUUCCUCUGCUGGAGGCUAAAAGACAACAUGGACAAAGCUCCAAAAGCUCUGGCUUGGAGACCCUUCUUGGGAUGAUGCAGCUACUCCUGAUCCUGUUGGCUUUCUUUCUGCCCCCCAGGACAAAGGCAGGAGAGAUCAUUGGGGGACAUGAAGCCAAACCCCAUUCCCGGCCCUACAUGGCCUACCUUGAAAGCUGGGAUAACCAUUCUCUAACGACAUGUGGUGGUUUCUUGAUACACGAGAAGUUUGUGCUGACAGCUGCUCAUUGUCUUGGGAGCCCAAUUAAGGUCACCCUGGGAGCCCACAACAUCAAGGAACAGGAGGACACUCAGCAGGUCAUCCGUGUACAAAAAGCGUUUCCCCACCAAGACUAUAAUCCGAAAAUCGUCAUCAAUGACAUCAUGCUGCUGAAGCUGGAGAAAAAGGCCAAGCUGACUAAAGCUGUGCAGCUCCUCAGGCUGCCCAAGGGCAAGACCCAGGUGAAGCCAGGUACCCGGUGCCAGGUGGCUGGAUGGGGACGAUUGUCCCCAUGGGGAAGAUUUCCAAGCACACUGCAAGAAGUGGAGAUGGUAGUACAGAAGGACGAGAAGUGUGAGGACCUCUUUCCAAAGUAUUAUGAUCGUGCUACUGAGAUUUGUGUUGGAGACCCAAAGAUUAAAAAUGCUUCCUUUAAGGGUGACUCCGGAGGCCCCCUGGUGUGUAAUAAUGUGGCACAGGGCAUUGUCUCCUAUGGACCAAAGAAUGGAACAACACCACGUGUCUUCACCAAAGUCUCACGGUUUCUAAGCUGGAUAAAGAAAACCAUGAAACAGAGCUGACUGCACACAGCAAACUAAAUCUCUUCUAUGAGCAACCAUCUUACCUGGAGCUGAGUCUAGAAACACUAUAGAGCAGAUCCCAGCAACUAAAUAAAUGUUUCAUCUCAGUAGGAA